CUUCCCCAUUCCUCCCUCAACCGCUGCAAGGGAGAGACGAACACCACCACCAGGGCGACCACCGACCGACCAUGGCGAUGCCUCGCUCCCAGCUGGCCGCCCUCUUCCUCGCCGUGCUCGUCACGGCGGCGCCGGUCGUCCGCGCCGCCGCCGCGGGGGCCUACGCGGUGGACAACCUGCAGGACGCGUGCAACAAGACGCUGUUCCCCAAGGUGUGCAUCCAGGCGCUGACGACGAACCCGGAGAGCCGGACGGCGAACGCGCGGCGGCUGGCGGAGCUGUCGGUGUACGUGGCGGCGGAGGUGGGCACGGCGGUGGCGGCGUUCGCGCACCACGAGCUGAACGGCGUGAAGGAGGACAGCCUGUUCAAGUGCGUGGACAGCUGCUCCGACGACAUCGAGGAGGCGGUGGCGCACCUGAGCGCCCUCACCCGGGAGCUCACCGACGCCAAGUUCCUCGAGGUCAAGGCGUGGCUGUCGGCGACGCUCGGCGGCUCCUCCACCUGCGAGGACACCUGCAAGGACGCCCCCAUCAGCGACAUCAAGAACGCCGUCGUCACCAAGAGCCUCGAGUUCGAGAAGCUGCUCCGCGUCACGCUCGACCUCAUCACCGAGGCCUCCGGCUCCAUGUCCGCCGGCGUCGCCGUGCCGCCCACCGCCUGGGAUGCCAGCGGCGCGCCGGGCCCGUCGCCCCCCGGCCCCUCAGAGUCCUUCGGCUCCGCCAACGCACCGGGCCCGUCUCCCCCCGGCUCCUCAGAGUCCUUCGGCUCCGCCAACGCGCCGGGCCCGUCUCCCCCCGAAGAUUCGGCGUCCUACGGCGCCGCCGGCUCAGCGGGACCGAGCCCAUCCGGCGCCGCCGGCUCACCGGGACCGAGCCCAUCCGGCGCCGCCGCCCCUGGACCGGCCACCGCCACCGACGGUCCGACAGCCGCCUACACCGACGUGCCGUCUCCGUCCCCGUCGAUCGCCACCUCACCGUCACCGUCACCCGGCUCCGCCGCGGACGCGCCAAAGUCCGGCGGUGGUUACGCGGAUUUGGCACCCGGCGCCAGUCCACCGGACUCCGACGCCGACGCCUACACGAAGGCGUGAGCGACGGCGCGUGGCAACCACCGGCAUUUUCUUCUUCCUAUCACCAUUGUUUCUUGAGUCUUCGAAUAAACCGAUGAUUCUACCGUGAGGUCCAUUGAUAUAAGUACAAUGGUCUGUGGGAAAAAGGAAAAAAAAAUUAAGUAAUUAAUUUAGUAGUAUGGGCAUAUGAGGAUAUAUUUCGGCCAAAAUAUAAAUUAGGGAGAAAAAAAUUAUUCAAGAAAUGAGGCCCAUAUAGGAGAGAUUGGCACGUGGCCUCAAAUCGGGAGAUUUUUAUCGAUGUAAUAACAGGGAAUGUAAUGUUAUAUGCGGUAUUGUUUUUUAAGACGAUAUGACA